UUGUAACUGACAGCAAGCAUCAAAGUGCAGCUGCCUUUGCUCAUUGAGAAAUUUGUUAUGUACAGGGUGGGCGGCUAGAAAAACAAUUCUCUGAAAACAUUGUCGAAAUCUGCGUGAAAAUGGCAAAUUGGACGAAAAGGACGCCUGUCGGGUCUAGUAGCCGCCGCAAAUGGAACCUGGAAGACCGGGCAUCGCUAAACAAUUUGAAAUAUCACUUUGCCGCUGAUGGAUGUUCCGAAGUGCAAUAUGACCUGGCUCGACAACUUUUGGAUAGCAAUUCAGAACUUGAUGAAAACACGGCCCAAGCCCAGGGUGUGCACUGGCUGCUGUGUGCUGCGCAACAAGGACACGAUGAAGCCCUGGCGAUGCUACGUGAUUGUUAUGCAAAAGGACGUGGAAUCACAGAAUCAAAUGAAAUAGAGGUGAAAGCGUGUCUUUCAAUGAGUUCAGGUGAACGAGCGGCAAGGAAGGCGGCGCGAGAACUAUUCCAAUGUCUAUCAAAUGGCGGCGAACACAUCACACCAGCUCAGUUGGAGCGUAGAAUGCGAGAAAUAUAUAAUCUUCAGAAAAAGCGACGAAGGAGGCGGGGUGGCGAUGAUAGCGACGGUGAUGAAAGUGAUAAUCGUGCAACUAAUGGAGACAUUUACCCAUCGCCUAGCCACAACAGGAAUCGGCUGGAUUUAUCCGAACAAGACAUCAUCACAGAAGCGCAUUUGUUAACGGCAGCCGUGAACUACUCUCACGGGCGGCUGCCAGCCGUGAAUGAUGUCCUGACACUCUCCGUUCCUCAUCCAACUACUCUAGACCAUGUUCCGUGUUUUCAUAGAUUGAUUUUCCACCCGGUCGUGUUCUUCACGCUGCUCUACCACCGAUUUGUGUCAGUGAUCUCCUCCCUACCUGAUCAAAUUGCUCAUUUCAAGUACAUUAUAUUGUUCCUUUUGUACGCUCUCAUUUCGAGCGAGAAUUCGGCACUUGUCCUGCCCAUGGUUGCGUAUUACAUGAGCUUAGCGAUGAUGGUUUGGUCGUCAUUCAAAAUGUUAAAAACUAAGCAUGAUUUCAUCGACUUCCGAAUAUGGUCGGGUCUGUUUCUUAGCUACGGCGAUCACAACGUCGACGCCGGGGGGUCAGAAAAUCUCUUCUUGAGGAAUAACAUGAAACCUUAUCUCUACUUCUUCGCAGCAUUCGUUACGAACAUGGUUGUCUAUCCAAUCAUAAGCAAUGAAUGGCUCCCACAUUCAGAGAUCACGGUAAUGGCGUUUGUACUCGUAUUCGUCACUCUGUUCGCAUUUAUGUAUACCUCGCCAGAACCGUUCCCGGAUCUCCUUGUUCUGUUUUCGUUUGGAGUGAACGUUCUAGCAAAAUAUCCCUACGAAAUGGAUGAUGUAGUGACCACAGGGUGGCGGUUCCUUGAUCUCAAAGUUCCCACAUUUCCAUCCUUUGUUAUUGGCAACGGCAUUGAAUUCUGUCUGAAUUGUCGAGCAAUUUUGUAUCUGUUGAUUCCAGGAGCUCUACUGCAGAUAGCGAAGCGAUGCAGGUGGCAUGGGACGUACAAAUGUUUGAUUCCGCAUUGCGUUACUUUGGCAUGGCUGCAAAUAUUCAUUGGUAGCUCGCAAUCGGCCACAAUGUUCGGUUUGGUGAGGUCAACUCUGGGAUUGGCUGGCAUAUUGCUAUUCUUGCCGCUGUUUGGAGUCAUUACGUUGAUGAUUCCGGUAUUCCUGACUGUGGAGUGGCUCGGCUUGACGGACCCAAAGACGCGAUUAUUGAUUUCACUCGUUGCAGCUGCCAUAGCGAUAGUUUGCUCAUGUUUGAUGGCGGUCAAUAAGACGACCCGGAAAUAUGUUACUUUAUUACAGGUCACAGUCUGUGUCAUCGCCGCAGCUUUCCUAACACUGCCAUACAUGACAUCGAAUUUCCAAUCAUCUCACACGGAUUCAUCACUCUACGAAAAUCUCCUCCACAAUAAACCGGUAAUUGUCGACGAUGACCUAUCUUCCAGCCAAAUCACAUGGGAGUCUUUCUAUAACUAUUGUGGCCAGCCGGCAUGGGACCAUUCCAAUCGAAUCCAAACCCAAAUACGUUGUUCCCAACUCGAACAAACCAUCAUCAAAUGGGAAGGAAUCGUUACAAAUGUGGAAAUCUCCCGUGUUUAUAACUUACGCGCGAAAAUCAUACGAAACUACUUCCCUCAAUGGCUGGGCAACAUGAUAGCUUGCAUGUACGGUGAAAAGAACAAAGCAGUUUGCUCCGAGGGAGAGGAGACAUGUGAAAACUUUGAUAGUUUAUUGCGUGAACAGAAACGUUGCAACCUCAACAAAUGGAAUCUCUACGAAUAUGAAAUAAGGGUGAGAAUGCAUUCGGGAAUUUUAAGUAAGCCUGCCGAAGUCUACCUGAAGACAUCGGACUUUUUCGGGAAUUUCACCAAGAGUUUAACCAGCUCGGAUCGGAUAUGGUUCAAAGGGAAGCUGUCUAACGUGAGGCGUGUGAUGCGGGACGUCCGCAGUGAAAUGGCUCUGGGGUCCGGGCAAGCAGUUAUUGAAGUCGAAUCCAUCGGAUGCUUAAUGUGCCACAACAAGGAUUUGACUUCGGUCCAGUUAACAGAUUCGAAUAGUGUAGUCCUCCACGCUCGAUUGCGAGACCUGAUGCGAGGCGUUAAGUAUUUGUUGAAUGUUAUAUUUAAUCCUUUGCUGACAUUUAAAUAGGACCCACAAGAGACGUAUAAAUGCGAUGAGAAAGUUUGAAAUUUGCUUUGAGUAAAUGUUUAGAUUGAAGCGUUUUUGCUUUAGUAAGAGGUAAACGUCGUGGAGACCUUUUUUAUUUAUUUAGUUGGUCUGAAGACUGCGUUUGGAGUUAACAAGAAAAGGGUGGGAAAUAAAUUGUCAUAGAAUAUUUUUCGGACCACUGAAAAGAAAGACAUUUAGUAUUUUGGAAUGACUUUUGAACAUAUUGAACGUCGUUAUAUGUUGAAUUGACUGGAACACUGCUCCUAGAAGUGUAAAGCAAUAAUUUUUCUGUUUUGCUAAUCCAUUGUUAACCUGAGCUGAUUGAAAGUAGAAACGCUUCCAUACACGCUUCAGUAAAUUUAUGUGACAAAUGCCGGGGGCAACUGUUCGCUCUCCUUAAUAACGCUGAAUGUUACUGGAUUGUACUAUCGAUGUUGAGGGGUUUUCCCCAUUUGUCUUCAUUUGCGCCUAUCUCAGAUGGUUUUUUUCUAAGUUUAAGUAAUUCGAUGCAGUAAGUUCCUUCGGUUAAGUUGACAUUUCCAGAAAUAACCAAAAUUUGCGUAUUAUAUUUAACUUAUGGUAGACGAGAAUGUAAGAAAAUGAUAUACUAAUUUUUUGCAAUUGGUCUGUUUUGUGGAAAUAUAUUUUUGACUAUAUUUAAUA